CCUCACGUGACUCGCGUCAUCUUCCCCCUUCAACCUCUUAGCCGUAAGGGGGAGCCAAGAUGGCGGCCAAAGUGGUUGGCCGGGGCGCGUGGAGCUCCGCGCGGAGGUUUGGACUGGUUGCCUGCCGAAAAUACAGCAGUGGGGGGGGCUACCCCAGCACCCCCCUGACAGCUCCUCUGCCUGGAGUGCCAAAGCCUGUCUUUGCAACCGUUGACGGCCAGGAGGGGUUUGAAACUAAAGUGACCACCCUAGAGAACGGACUGCAGGUCGCUUCCCAGAAUAAAUUUGGACAGUUCUGUACUGUUGGGAUCCUUAUAAAUUCAGGAUCAAGAUAUGAAGCAAAAUAUAUUGGUGGCAUUUCACACUUUCUUGAAAAGCUGGCUUUUUCUUCUACAGCUCAGUUUGGCAGCAAGGAUGAGAUUCUUCUCACUCUGGAGAAACACGGCGGCAUCUGCGACUGUCAGGCCUCCAGGGAUACCACAAUGUAUGCUGUCUCUGCAGAUGCCAAAGGCCUGGACACCGUUGUCAAUUUGCUGGCGGAUGUAGUGUUACAACCCAGAUUAUCAGAUGAGGAGAUUGAGAUGACUCGCAUGGCUGUUCGCUUUGAGCUGGAGGACUUGAACAUGAGACCCAAUCCAGAGCCAUUGCUUACGGAGAUGAUUCAUGCGGCUGCUUAUAGAGAAAACACGGUGGGACUGAACAGGUUCUGUCCAGCAGAAAACAUUGAGAAAAUUGACAGGCAGGUUCUCCAUUCAUACCUGCGGAAUUACUAUACGCCCAACAGGAUGGUGUUGGCUGGCGUGGGGAUCGAGCACGAGCAGCUGGUGGACUGUGCCCGGAAGCAUCUCCUAGGAACUGAGCCAGUGUGGGGGGGUGGGAAGGCCACGGCUGUAGACAGAUCUGUCGCACAGUACACCGGGGGGAUCCUCAAGCUUGAGAAAGACAUGUCAGAUGUGAGUUUGGGGCCCACCCCCAUCCCAGAGUUGACCCACAUCAUGAUUGGGCUGGAAACGUGUUCGUUCCUGGAGGAAGACUUCAUUCCCUUCGCCGUCUUAAACAUGAUGAUGGGAGGAGGCGGGUCCUUUUCUGCUGGAGGGCCAGGCAAAGGCAUGUUUACUCGGCUGUAUCUCAACGUGCUCAACCGGCAUCACUGGAUGUACAACGCAACCUCGUACCAGCACAGCUACGAGGACACAGGCCUCCUCUGCAUCCACGCCAGCGCAGAUCCCAGGCAGGUUCGAGAAAUGGUGGAAAUAAUUACCCGGGAAUUCAUUUUAAUGGCAGGAGCAGUGGGAGAGGUCGAACUUGAGCGAGCAAAGACCCAGUUGCAGUCCAUGCUGAUGAUGAACCUGGAGUCCCGGCCGGUUAUUUUUGAGGAUGUUGGGAGGCAGGUGUUGGCGACUGGCAUGAGGAAGCUGCCACACGAGCUCUGUGUCCUGAUUGGCACGGUGAGCGCCAGCGACAUUAAGAGGGUGGUGACAAAGAUGUUGAGGAACAAGCCGGCCGUUGCCGCGCUGGGGGACUUGGCGGAGCUGCCCACUUACGAACACAUCCAGGCGGCUCUUUCCAGUAAGGAUGGGAGGCUCCCAAGGAUGUACCGGCUCUUUCGUUAAAGCUGCUCUCAUGAGCCCUCGCAGAGCUCCGUUGUUGAGAUGGAUGGUUUUCCUGCAAAAGUGGCUCCAUGUGUGCAUGUGUGUUGGGGUGCGCGCAGGAAAGGCAGCUUUGCUUGUGGCUCCAGACACCUCCAGGGCUUUAAAGGAGCACUGGGUGUGCCAACUCGGGUACCUUUGGCCCCAGAAAUAAUGGUUUCUUCUGUAAGACUCCUUAAGAUCUCUUCUUCAUAAAAGAACAACAAAACCACGCAGCUGUGAAAAGACAGAUUGCCUUAGCUGCAAGAGCUGCGCAUGAAGAAACAUCCUGCUGAUUGGAUAUCUCAUGUUUCUAUCCCUGUUGAGUUUUGUCUUCAGUCAGGUGGCUGCAGCCCAGUACUUAGGGCCUGUUUCACCUCAUGGUAAAGAACACAUAAAUAAACAAGUUUAAUAGGUCA